CAGUCGGGGAAACAUGGCGGUGACUUUGCAGGGGAGUCUCGUUGAAAUUCUACGGAAAUGUUCAAGAUUAAGUUCACAUUUACGAAUUCCAGUGACAAAACAGAUAGGCAGUUCGUUUCCUGUUACAGCACGCUAUCAGAGCUCGAAGAGCAUUGCAUACCCCUCCAGUUAUAUUCCAGAGACAUCAUUAUCACGACCACCCUGGCCUGAAGUAUCAAUUGUUGAUCCUGAGGAAGAGGCAAAGCAGCAUCAAGCAAUUGUAAAGAAGGUGAACAACCUGCUGGAGAACGGAGAGUAUGGACGACUGUUUGCAGUUGUUCAUUUUGCCAGUCGUCAGUGGAAAGUGACUAAUGAAGAUUUGAUCCUCAUUGAAAAUCACAUUGAUGCUGAGUGUGGAGAGAGGAUUCGACUAGAGAAGGUACUGUUGGUUGGUGGAGAAGCGUUCACACUUAUUGGGAGACCACUUCUUGGCCGUGACUUAGUUCGCGUUGAAGCAACUGUCAUCGAAAAGACUGAGUCUUGGCCCAUGGUUCACAUGAGAUUCUGGAAAAGACACAGAUAUCAGAGGAAAAGAAUUAUCAUACAACCUCAGACAGUGCUUCGGAUAAACACCAUUGAGGUUGCCCCCAGACUGACUUGAAUCCAAGUUUCAAUGUGUAAAUAAACUAUGCUAUUUCUGUUCAACUGUCCCUUGAUUUUGCGGAUAUGACGCCAUUGUGUGAUUAAAGCUUCGA